GACACCCCACCCCCAACAAUCUCUGGCCCCGAAAGCGCCGAGCCAGCUCCGGGAAAGCGAACACCCCGGGCCGGGACAAGGACCGAGCCUCCCGGGCAGAGGGGAGGGGAGAGAGGGAAGAAGGGAGAGAACAAAUGUCAGGAGGAAUCAAUACACCCAUUCAGGGCAAGAUUUUCAAAAGUGCUCAACUGCCAACACCUCCCCAUAGAGAACAACGGAGAAUGCCCCCUAUGGAGAACAAUGAAGAGUGCCCCCUCCCCAUGGAGAAUAGUGAGAGUUGCUGAGGGCUGAGCUCUUGAAAAUCUUACAGAGAACUGAACAAAGGAUAGACGGUCUGAGGCUGUGGCUUUGCUGCCAACGUAGGGGAUGUUUUUACAGCGGGAGAUAGCUAACACCGUUUUGUUUUCCUGCUGUAAAAUCUUAGUGGAGAAAUUACUCUAAUUUUUACCACGAUGUAGCUAAGCAAGGACAUACCCAGGAGUGGAGAGGGGGUAUAGUGUUGAACCUGGUAAAAAUCUGUCUGUAUCCUGUCUCCACUGGCAUUUUACCAAGAAUUGGCUGUCAUUUGUUAAUCUUGUAAAAAAAACUGAAACAAAACCCCUCUUCUGGCAUUAGAUACAGCAUACUAAAGGCAGUGGAGAGGUUCCCAGCUCCCACCUGCAGCAUCCCUGGGCAGAUUCAUUUUCCUGGGAACAGGGCAAGGAGCAGAGAGAGAGAAGGCCAGCUCCUGACAAUGCCAAGGAGUAUCCCCCAAAGCUGCUCCUUUGAUUCUGCUUUUUAUGAAGAUGAUUAUUGUUCCUUUCAGGCACACAAAAGUAGCCUGGGCUUUUUGCAGAAAGAAGUGUAUGCAUAUAGUCCACAGCAAAUUCAUAUAUUCUACGGCCAGAAGGGACCAUUUUGAUCAUCUAGGCUGAUCUCUUUAAACACAGAGCACAGGCAAUGACUCAUCUAUGGAUUCUCUCUCUAUCCCAGCUGUGAGUGAGAAGAAGGAGAACAGUCUGAGAUGGAGGAACCAUACAAGAUGUCUCUAACAAGAUCCAAAGGCAAUGUUUCUGAGAGCCCCGAGCAGGAAAAAUCCCCUAGGAGUUCAGCUGAAUCAGAAGCACAGCAGCAAAACACUCCAGAGGAAAGUAAAUCUGCUCACAGUGGACGAGGUGUGAGGAAGCGCAAAGGCACCAUCGUCCGCCGGAGAACAUUCAUGGGGGAGAGGCCCAACAUCUGCAUUGAGUGCGGGAAAAGCUUCCUUCAGAGCUCAGACCUUAUUAACCAUCGGCGAAUCCACACGGGGGAGAAACCCUAUAAAUGCAUUGACUGCGGGAAAAGCUUCAGCAUCAGCUCAAACCUCAUCCGACACCAGAGAACCCACACGGGAGAGAAACCCUAUAACUGCCCCGACUGUGGGAAAAACUUCACGGACAAGUCGACCCUGACCCAGCACCAGCGGGUCCAUACGGGUGAAAAGCCCUAUAAAUGCAUUGACUGUGGGAAGAGCUUCAGCCGCAGCUCCCACCACAAGAGGCAUCUGAGGAGCCCUCCAGGGAAGAGACAGAGCAAAUGCACCCACCGGGAAAGUACUGCUGUUGGGAAGGUCAAAGAAACCAAAGCAUCAAAGAAGAGAACCUCGACCGUUGAGAUCUCCAACACUUGUGCUGAAUGCUGGCAAAGCUUCAGCCAGAACUCGGACCUGGUCAAACACAUGAGAAUCCACACAGGAGAGAAACCCUAUGAGUGUCCCGACUGCGGAAAAAGAUUCAAUGUCAGUUCAAACCUGAUCAGACACCAGAGGAUCCACACAGGAGAGAAACCCUACACGUGCUCUGACUGCGGGAAAAGCUUCACUGACAAAUCCACUCUGACCCAACACUACCGGAUUCACACGGGAGAAAAACCCUAUAUAUGCACUUAUUGUGGGAAAAGCUUUAGUCACAGCUCCCACCACAAAAGACAUGAAAAAAUCCAUAAGGGAAGGAACUCGGUGUCCUUCCUGCCAUUGUGGCCCUACCCCACUCAAACUUUCGUGGUUAUGGGAGCUGAAUCAUUAUCCAGGGAAGCAAAUACACUGAAGAUGUCACCCAGAAAAUCCAAGAGGACUCUGAGCCAGAGCUCUGAGCAGGACAAACCCGGUGAGAGCCAGUGCAGGCCAGAGGAGCUAGAGGCCAUGGAGAAGAGACCAGUGAAACUCAUCCAAGGAAUUAAGAAGCGAAAGGAUUUUGUGGUGCACCAGGGAACCCAGACAGAGGAGAGCCCCAAUAUCUGCAUUGAGUGUGGGAAAAGCUUUACCCAGAACUCCAGCCUCAUCAACCAUCGUAGAACCCACACGGAUGAGAAGCCCUACAAAUGCCCUGACUGUGGGAAAUGUUUCGGCGUCAGCUCCAGCCUCAGCCGGCACCAGCGCAUUCACACAGGCGAGAAGCCCUACGCCUGCCCUGACUGCGGGAAGAGCUUCAGUGACAAGUCCAACCUAACCCAGCACCAGCGUGUCCACACGGGUGAGAAGCCCUACAAGUGUAUUGACUGCGGGAAGAGCUUCAGCCGCAGCUCCCACAAGAAGAAGCACCUGCGGCACCUGAUGGGCAAGAGGCCAGGCAAGUGCUCAUCACCGCAACAGCGUGAGGGUGCUGUGGGGAAGGCCAAGGCCAGAAGAAAGGUGGAGGUGCUGAACACGUGCACCGAGUGCUGGCAGAGCUUCAGCCAGAAUGCUGAUCUCAUCAAGCACAUGAGGAUCCACACUGGCGAGAAGCCCUUCAAAUGUACUGACUGUGGGAAGAGCUUCAGCGUCAGCUCCAACCUCUUCCGGCACCAGCGCAUCCACACCGGGGAGAAACCCUACACGUGCUCUGACUGUGGGAAAAGCUUCACUGACAAGUCUACCCUGACCCAGCACCAGCGCAUCCACACAGGCGAGAAACCCUACAUCUGCACCUUCUGUGGGAAGGGCUUCAGCCACAGCUCCCACCACAAGAGACAUGAGAAAAUCCACAAGGGCGAGAAUCCGCUACUGACCUUCCCCACCCAGACAUUCCAACCUGAAAUGUCACCCAAAAAGUCCAAGGGGAAUGUGGCCAAGACCCUGGAGAAGAAGAAGCCCAAGAACAAGCGUAAGUCAGAGAAGCCAAAGCGCAGCCCCCCGGAGGAGGAGACCCUGGUCUACCAGCCGCUGCCCAAGGGUGACAGGCCCAACCUGUGCUCUGAGUGUGGGAAGAGCUUCCUGCACAGCUCCGAUCUGGUGAACCACCAGCGCAUCCACACUGGUGAUAAGCCUUUCAUCUGCACUGAUUGUGGCAAGAGCUUCCGGCAGAGCUCCACACUCAUCACCCACCAGCGCAUCCACACCGGCGAGACCCCCUACGAGUGCAGCUACUGCGGGAAGAGCUUCCGCGUCAGCUCCAACUUCGUGCGGCACCAGCGCAUCCACACGGGCGAGAAGCCCUACAAGUGCCCCAUCUGCGGGAAGAGCUUCACAGACAAGUCAACCCUGACCCAGCACCAGCGUACCCACACCGGCGAGAAGCCCUACAAAUGCGCUGACUGUGGAAAGAGCUUCAGCCGUAGCUCCCACCGCAAGCGGCACCUGCGGAACCCACCCGCCAAAGGCCGGAGCAAGUGCUCCCACCGGAGCGGGGAGGCUGCCGUGGCCAAGGCCAAGGAGAUCAAGGUCAAAAAGCGGACGCCGACCAUCGAAAUUCCCAACACAUGCACUGAGUGCUGGCAGAGCUUCAGCCAGAACUCAGACCUGGUCAAACACAUGCGGAUCCACACAGGAGAGAAACCCUUCAAAUGCACUCACUGCGGGAAGCGCUUCAGCGUCAGCUCCAACCUGACCCGGCACCAGCGCAUCCACACUGGGGAGAAACCCUACAAGUGCCCCGACUGCGGGAAGAGCUUCACUGACAAAUCCACCCUGACCCAGCACCAGCGCAUCCAUACGGGUGAGAAGCCCUACAUCUGCAUCUACUGUGGGAAGAGCUUCAGCCGCAGCUCCCACCAUAAGAGACACGAGAGAACCCACUCCGGCGAGAACCCUGACACCUUCCUGCCCUUGUGGCACUACCCCAGCCAGAACUUCCUCCUGGGGCAGCCCCGGCCUCUGCCGCCACCAGCCCCUGAGCCGGGGCCUGCAGCAGGUGAGCACAAGCAGGAAACAUCUUCAUUCACAUGUGCUGGUAAAAAAGCAACUCAUGACAAGAUGCCUCCCAAGCAAUCCAAAGGAAAUGUUUCACAGGGACUGAACCAGAAAAAGUCCCUCAAGAAUCAGAGGAAGUUGGAGAAGCUACAGAAGAGCUCUCUUGUGCAGAGAGAGAGUAAAUCAGCCAUCCGUGGGAGAGCUGUGAGGAAGAGCAAAGACACCAUUAUCUGCCAGAGAACAUACACAGAGGAGAAGCCCAACAUCUGCAUUGAGUGUGGGAAAAGUUUCACCCAGAGCUCAGACCUUAUGAACCAUCAGAGAACUCACACAGGGGAGAAACCCUAUAAAUGCAUUGACUGUGGGAAGAGCUUCAGCAUCAGCUCAAACCUGAGUCGACACCAGAGAACCCACACAGAGGAGAAGCCCUAUCCCUGCACUGACUGUGGGAAAAGCUUCACAGACAAGUCCACCCUGACCCAACACCAACGCAUCCACACAGGUGAGAAGCCCUAUAAAUGCAUUGACUGUGGGAAGAGCUUCAGCCGCAGCUCCCACCACAAGAGGCAUCUGAGGAGCCCUCCAGGGAAGAGGCAGGACAAAUGCACCCACUGGGAAAGCGCCACUGUUGGGAAGGUGAAAGAAACUAAAGUGUCUAAGAAGAAAAGCCCAACCAUUGAGAUCCCCAACACAUGUGCCGAGUGCUGGCAAAGCUUCAGCCAGAACUCGGACCUGGUCAAACACAUGAGGAUCCACACAGGAGAGAAACCCUAUGAGUGUCCUGAUUGUGGAAAAAGAUUCAAUGUCAGUUCAAACCUGAUCAGACACCAGAGGAUCCACACAGGAGAGAAACCCUACACGUGCUCUGACUGUGGGAAAAGCUUCACUGAUAAAUCCACUCUGACCCAGCACCACCGGAUCCACACAGGAGAGAAACCCUACAUAUGCACAUACUGCGGGAAAAGCUUCAGCCGCAGCUCCCACCACAAGAGACAUGAGCGAACCCACACUGGGGAAAACCCUGUGUCCUUUCUGCCCUUGUGGCCCUACCCCACCCAGACAUACUGAAAUGAUCCCAUUGGUUCUGGGCAUGGGAGCUGAGGGCCCAGGAACUAAGUGGGAGAUUUUCCAAAGCCCCAUCAUGAUUCAGUAGCACAGUCCCCAUCAGCUUCCAAUAAGAUGUAAGGUCCGCUGUGCUUGCAUUACUUCUGGGCAUGAGACCUAGGUUCCUAAAUCAGUUAGGUGUUGCAGUGCCGCAUAGAGUAAAGUCUUGACAACUGUAAGAAUUUGGGUCUGAAAUCCCACCUAGAAUGAAAGGAGCUCUGUGAGGGGUUUUUAGCAUUAGAGCAUUAGAAAGUAAACUACUCAAAUUCCAUUAGGAUUAUUUGUAUUGUGGUAGUGCCUAGCAGCCCCAGUCAUGGACAAGGAACCACAAUGCUAGGUGCUGUACAAACACAGAACAGAAAGAUGGUCUCUACCCCACAGAAUCAACAGGAUCUGGGUGCCUAACUCACUUAGACCCCAUGAACAUCCACAGUUUCAUAGAGUUUAGGGCCAGAGAGGACAAUUAGAUCAUCUAGUCUGACCUCCUGUAUAUCACAGGCCAUGAGUCUCACUCAAAUACUGCUAUAUCAAGCCUAAUUACUUUAGUUAAACUAAAAUGUUUCAGUGCUUAAAAGGCUAAACUGUUGUGAGCCAGAGUAGAGAACAGGAAAGAGCAAGGGGCCCCUGUGAUGGCUGGGAAUUGAUUAGGUGAGAGAUGCUGGGAUGAUUCCCAGCAGGCAGUUCAUACCCCAUGCUGUGGAGGAAUUCAAAAAACCCCAAGAUCUCUGCACCUGGGGGAAAAUUCUUACCCAACCCCAAAUCUGGUGAUCAGUCUGACCCUGGGCAAGUGAGCAAAAUCUACCAGUCAGGCAUCUAGAAAAACAAUUCUCUGAACCACUUCAGAGCAUUGGCUUUACCUCAUCCUGGGUCUGAUGCUUCAGAGAAAGAUGAAAAAGAAACCCAGAUACAUCUGGCCAAUGGUGCAUUGGAAAAAAAAUUCCUGUUCCCUGCAAGGGGAGCGUCUGAAGCCCUGAAGCAUGAGAUCUGAUUAUUGUCAUUACAUAGUACAGCCAGUGUGCAGGGAAGAGUGGGAUAAAAAGCCUGUUCUUUGGAACACAUCUUUCAGCAGGGAACUACUUCUUAGAAGAAUUUAUUUGAUUUUAUGUGAUCAUUGGCCUGUAUGGAUGAGUUGAGGUGGACAGUAGAGCCCUGUUUCCAGCCGAGCUGGUGUGUACAACAUGAUUGGAUACCCCAGAACUGGCACUCACUGGUCCCCUUGCACAGUGUCAGCAGGGAAGGCAAGCACUCAGGAAGCUCAGCAGAUCUGAACUCCCCUGACUUCAGCAGGAGCUAUGAAAUCUGGGCUCAGUCUGGGUUUACCUGCACUUCCACUACCUGUGGUGAGGAUAUGAAGGGGCUGUUGAGCCCGGCUCCUCUCCCCGGCACUGAUCCCCAUCUCUUGUGCAGUUGGUCAGUUCUGACACAGAUCCAGCGGAUCUCCUUGUGCUGAUAAUAUUCAGAAAAGGGAGUUUCUCACUCCUACUUUCCUGUGUAAAUAGCCCUCCCCCC